AUGAAUCCCUUGGACGCCAUUUGCAACAAACCUAGAAAAGACGCCGUCUGCGUCAGUCAAUUGAGAAACGCGAAGAAAGUCGACCAGGCCAUACUGCAGGAGAGACCAGACGUAAAAAUAUUCCUGCCAUUUCGGUUCCUCUUUUACAAACCCCAAGAACUCUUCGUACCUCACACCUACAACAAAUUCUUAGUGGCUCCCGGCGGGGAUCACGUCAUCAGUUUAAUCGACGAAAUUUCGUUUUCUUUUCCCCCCUCGCCGCCGCUGUCGCAGCUAGACGAGCUGGAUCAGGACCUGUUCUGUAACGGCGACAACAGGCCGAUUAAUUGCGGGGCUAAUUGCCAAUGCACGCAUAUGGUGGACAUCCCGUAUAAUGCCAUCGUAGAGGUCGUCUUAGUAGAUGAAGUUCAAUCGCCGAAUUUGAGCCAUCCGUUCCAUUUGCACGGCUACUCCUUUAACGUGGUGGGCAUCGGUAGAUCACCGGAUCAGAACGUCAAGAAAAUUAAUCUGAAGCACGCCCUGGACCUGGAUAGAAGGGGAUUGUUGCACAGGCAGUUUAAUUUACCACCAGCCAAAGACACCAUCGCCGUGCCAAAUAACGGAUAUGUGAUAUUUAGGUUUAGGGCCGAUAACCCAGGUUAUUGGCUGUUUCAUUGCCACUUCCUCUUUCACAUAGUAAUAGGAAUGAAUCUGAUCAUGCACGUGGGGACUCAGCAAGACCUGCCGCCCGUUCCGCAAGGAUUCCCCAGGUGUGGGAAUCACCUACCUCCCAUUACUCCUCCUCACGCCAUUCACGACUAUAAGUGACAGUAGUAGUGAUAGUAUUUUGUAGCGCAAUUUUUGUUUGUAUAAUCGAGAUCAUCGUAAUGCCCGUCGU